AUGGAUAAGUCGUGGAUAUCGAAAGACAGAGAUUCGUUAGAUUUUGAAAUAGGUGUUGAAGAAUUCUUGAGUUUUGCGGAAGAAAAUAGUAAAGAUCCUAAACGAAUUCGUUGUCCAUGUUGUCGAUGCGUUAAUUUCAAAAAGUUCUCAACCAAAAUAAUAAGGGGACAUAUCUAUGAUUAUGGAUUUAGUUUGGGCUAUGUUGACUGGAUUUGGCACGAAGAUAAUGCUGCUAGGGGUACUAGGUCAUCCGUAGGCAGUACACAUCAUCCCGCUUCGGACCAAAACAGGGAGCAUUUUGCUGCAUCUGAAACCGUUGAGGUCUGUGAAGCGGCGUUUAAUGCGAGUGAGUACGAUGAGGAUUCUUAUGAUUUUAGGAGGUUUGUGGUUGAUGCCGAACAACCAUUGUUUGAGGGCAGCGAGUGCACCAAGUUAGAGUCGAUGAUAAAAUUGCAUAAUUGGAAAGCUAGGUUCGGGAUUAGCGAUACUGCCUUCACUGAGCUGCUGUCUUCAGUUGGCUCUUUCCUUCCGAAAGAUCACGUACUGCCUCCUAACUCAUAUGAAGCGAAGAAAACUUUAUCCGAUUUAGGCCUUGAGUACAUUAAAAUCCACGCCUGCCCGAAUGACUGUGUACUGUACAGGGGCAUACAUUCUGAUGCCUCUGAGUGUCCUAAUUGCAAGUUGUCUCGCUGGAAAGUAGGGAAGAAUGGUGAACUUAGGAUUAAAGUUCCAGCCAAAAUCAUGUGGUAUUUUCCAAUCAUUCCGAGAUUUAAACGGUUGUUUAAAUCUCCUUCUACUGCAGCACUCAUGACUUGGCAUGCAAACCAGCGCAUAAUUGAUGACAAAAUGCGACAUCCGGCAGACUCUCCGGCUUGGAAGAAUAUCGAUUACCGCUGGCCAGCUUUUGGCAAUGAACCUAGAAAUCUUAGGUUGGCUUUAUCAGCGGAUGGUAUAAACCCACAUACUAAUGGGUUAACAAAUCGGUAUACGUGCUGGCCAGUAGUGUUGGUAACAUACAAUCUUCCUCCAUGGCUUUGCAUGAAAAGAAAGUUCAUGAUGUUGACGAUUUUAGUUCCUGGUCCACAUGAGCCGGGAAAUAACAUCGACAUCUAUUUACAACCGCUAAUAGAUGAUUUGAUAAAACUGUGGGAAGAAGGUGAAGAGAACGAUGCGUAA